UCAAUGCAUUGACUGAUUGCCGUGGAUAGCGGGAUUCAGUCUGGAUUCAGUGUGUGCUGCGAGGUGGCAUCAGUCCCGCUCUUUGUAUUUUAGUGCUGCUUCUGUUUAUCCGUGUAGUUAAGAUGUCCACAGAAGCUGAAGAAGUUAAAGCAACCGAAGAAGCAACUACGGAGGAACAGCAGGAAAUGGACGACACGGUGGCGAGUCCAGAGAAGACGGAGGAGGCCAAGCUGAAGGCCAGGUACCCCCACCUGGGCGCCAAGCCGGGGGGUUCCGACCUGCUCCGCAAGCGGCUGCAGAAGGGCCAAAAGUACUUUGACUCGGGCGAUUACAACAUGGCCAAGGCCAAGAUGAAGAACAAGCAGCAGCUGCCGGCGGCCGCCACAGAGAAGGCGGAUGAUCCGGGCGAGCACAUCCCCACCCCCCAGGACCUCCCGCAGCGCAAGACCUCCCUCAUGGCCAGCAAGCUGGC